UGUCAUGAUCUGAUGAGCUAGCUCUGUAACUAACUAUGAAGAGUCGGGCAGGUGUCUAACUCCGCCAUAACUACGAUCAUUAAGCAGACCGCAACCGACAACCACUUGUUAAAAUGCAAGUCCAACACCCAAUCUUCCAGGGCCAUCUUCCACCACAACAACAAAGCUCCCAGAUUUUCCCUCACACCCAUCUCCGUCACCUCAAACCUCACCUUCCCACAAUCACCUCUCUCUGCUUCCACAAACCCACAUCACCAACACCCCAAUAAACAAACCCCAAAAGCCCAACCAGUUCCACCUGCAUUCCAACUCAAACAGACAACACAACCAAACAGGCACAUUCUUCUUCUUCAUUGAUUAAUUCGAAAAAGGCGACAAUGGUGGCGAUAGAUCCGUAUGUGGUCUGGACAUUCUUGGCCUCUUUAUUGGGUAUCCUUCUUCUCUCCCUUCUCCGUCGCCGGAAUUACGGUAAUGCCGCUGCCAAAGACAAGGGGAAGGUCAAAAGCAAGAACAAGACGAGCGAGAAUCGUGUUUCAGAAGAAUGUGGGAAGCACCGGCCGGAGUACGGCUCCGGCACAGACGUCAUCAUCGUCGGCGCCGGUGUUGCUGGCGCUGCUCUUGCGCACACCCUUGGCAAGGAGGGAAGACGUGUUCGUGUGAUUGAAAGAGACUUAACAGAACCGGAUCGAAUUGUUGGGGAACUUUUGCAGCCUGGAGGGUACCUGAAACUGAUUGAGUUGGGACUUGAAGAUUGUGUUGAGGAAAUCGAUGCCCAGCGGGUUCUUGGAUAUGCUCUUUUUAAGGAUGGGAAGAAUACUACGCUGUCCUAUCCCCUGGAACAGUUCCACUCAAAUGUGGCUGGUCGAAGUUUCCACAAUGGACGGUUCAUACAGAGGAUGCGAGAAAAAGCUGCCACUCUUCCCAAUGUACAACUGGAGCAAGGUACAGUGACAUCUCUGCUUGAAGAAAAUGGGACAAUUAAAGGGGUUCAGUACAAAACUAAGGAUGGUCAAGAACUUCAAGCUUAUGCUCCCCUUACCAUUGUCUGCGAUGGUUGCUUCUCAAAUCUGCGUCGCACUCUAUGCAAGCCUCAGGUAGAAGUGCCUUCUUGCUUUGUGGGGUUAGUUUUGGAAAAUUGUGAUCUCCCAUUUGCAAAUCACGGGCAUGUUAUUCUAGCUGAUCCAUCUCCGAUCUUGUUUUACCAAAUCAGUAGUACAGAGGUCCGCUGCUUAGUUGAUGUACCUGGGCAGAAAGUACCUCCCAUUGCUAAUGGGGCAAUGGCCAACUAUUUGAAGAAUGUGGUAGCUCCACAGCUUCCACCUGAACUUCAUGAUCCCUUUGUAUCUGCAAUUGACAACGGAAAUAUUAGAACUAUGCCAAAUAGAAGCAUGCCAGCCAAUCCACAGCCAACUCCUGGAGCCCUUUUAAUGGGCGAUGCUUUUAAUAUGCGUCAUCCUUUAACUGGUGGAGGAAUGACUGUGGCACUAUCGGACAUUGUUAUACUCAGGGAUCUUCUUAAUCCAUUAUGUGACAUAAACGAUGCUUCUUCAUUAUGCAACUACCUAGAAUCCUUUUAUACCUUGCGCAAGCCAGUUUCAUCUACAAUAAACACCUUAGCAGGUGCCCUAUACAAGGUGUUCUCUGCGUCCCCUGAUCAAGCAAGGAAGGAGAUGCGUCAAGCAUGUUUUGACUAUCUGAGCCUUGGAGGUGUAUGUUCAACUGGACCAGUGGCUCUGCUCUCUGGUCUAAAUCCUCGACCACUGAGUUUAGUUCUUCAUUUUUUUGCUGUUGCAGUAUAUGGUGUUGGACGUUUGCUUCUACCAUUCCCUUCUCCAAAACGCAUGCGGAUUGGAGUGAGAUUAAUUUGGAGUGCAGUAGGUAUAAUAUUACCCAUCAUCAAGGCAGAAGGUGUGAGACAGAUGUUCUUUCCUGCUACUAUUCCAGCUUAUCAUAGAGCUCCUCCUGCUAGUUGAGAGGCUUUAUUUUCAAGAGUAGAGAAAUAUCAGCUCCUACCUGCAACAUUCAUUAUUGAUCGUAGUUUUCUAUUGCAUCCAUUCUAUUGAUAUAGGACUGUUCUCUGAGUGUAUGAACAAUCAUUCAUGUAAAACUCUCUGUACAUCUUGUACUUGUAGUGCACAUUGUUUGAAAAUAUUAAAGAUGAUAUAUGCAUUGCAAUUGCCGAUAGUCA